AAAAAAAGGCUAUUACACAAUACCCAAGAGUCGAUGACAAUCGACCAUGUUACGAUAAUUCGCCAGCCGGCAUAGUGCGAUACUUAGGUUUUAGGUACUCUCAUGUGCCGGAGGGUUGAUGGACUGGCAGUUCCAUCAUUUGGGGGACGGAGAGAGAGUACGGGAGAAAUUCCAACAUGUAAUAUUUGUUCGUUCAUGACUGUAUUGUUCCUAUUUCUUUUGUUGAGUCUGUGUCGCUAUUCGAUGAAUGACAACAUUCCCUUGUUUAUGACUAUACUCUACAGGUUUACGGCGGCUACAUUUGGAUUCAGCGGGAACGUUGAUUCUCCCGACACUUUACCUACAUAUGUUCUCGUACUAUAUUUAAGUCUAAUUGCAAUCGUAAUCCAUCGACAAAGAGAUCCUUCUCCACGAUCCUAGCUACCUAUAGAUCGCAAGCAAUAAGGCUGCCGCGAAAGAUCCACCAUAUGCCCUGUAGACCUGUAGACCUGUAGGCCCCUACCUUAGGUAGGUAGGCAUCUAUCCAUCCGUCCAUCGAUCCCACCUGAUAAGUUCAUCAUCUCCAACUCGCCAUGCAGAUAAACUAGCGGUCUGGCAGUGCUCUGCAGCCUCUGCUUACCUACACUUUCCUACGCGGCCUAUCUCA